AUGGCUAUACGACGUAGCGUACCCAGCGAUGAAGCUCUGUUGAAUCGUCGAAGUGAAGUGAGUCUCGUUUCUCUUAGGGAUUUUGUCUCGGCAUUCGGCAUCACAGCGCAGCGAGAAAUGGGGAGUGACUUGAAGACAUGGGUUUCAGACAGAUUGAUGUCCCUCUUGGGAUAUUCACAACCCACACUGGUUCAGUACCUAAUUAGUUUAUCUAAGAAAGCAUCAUCACCUUCUGAUAUAUUUAGCAACCUUAAGGAUAUGGGAGUGCCAUCUUCAAACGAAACACGUGCAUUUGCUGAAGAAAUCUUUCAGAAAGUUGAACAUAAGAGUUCUGGAUCAAAUCUUUAUAGGCAACAAGAAGAGGAGGCUGCAAUGUUAGCCAGGAAACAAAGGAGUUACAAACUUUUGGAGGGAGAUGAUGAUGAUGAUGAUAAGAAUGAUCAUGGUGGAUCUGUUUCUGUUGCCACUCAAUCAAAAAAGGUUGAUAAACAUGUGAAACGAUUCAGAAAGAAGAGUGAAAACCAAGAAGAUGAAGAUGAUGAUGAGGGAGCUGGAAUCUUGAAACAAGAAAGAAGGGUUAAACAAAAAGCUUCUCAUGACAAUUCAGAUGAGUCUGAGUCUGAAGAAGAAAGAUUGCGUGACCAAAUAGAACGAGAGGAAUUGGAGCAACAUCUAAGGGAAAAAGAUGCAGCAAGAACAACAAAGCUGACUGAAAAGACAUUGUCCAAGAGGGAGGAAGAAGAGGCAAUUAGGAGAGCCAAUGCCUUGGAAGAUGAUGACAUUGGAGCUUUAAGAAAAGUUUCGAGGCAAGAAUAUCUCAAGAAAAGGGAGCAGAAGAAAUUGGAGGAAAUCAAAGAUGAUAUAGAAGAUGAACAAUAUUUAUUUGAGGGUGUCAAGCUAACUGAAGCUGAACAACGUGAGCUAAGAUACAAGAAGCAAAUAUAUGAUCUAGUUAAGAAGAGAUCUCAAGAGGAUGAUAAUGUUAAUGAGUAUCGUAUGCCUGAUGCUUAUGAUGAUGAAGGUGGAGUAAAUCAAGAGAGAAGAUUCUCUGUAGCUAUGGAGCGCUAUAGAGAUUCAAAAGAUGGAGAUAAGAUGAAUCCAUUUGCUGAACAAGAAGCAUGGGAGGAUCAUCAGAUCGGAAAAGCGACACUAAAAUAUGGAUCAAAGAACAAAAAGCAAGCUGAUGAUUAUAAUUAUGUGUUUGAGGAUCAGAUUGAGUUCAUACAGGGACAAGUCAUGGGUGGUGUAAAUGUUGAUGUUGAUGAAGUAAAUGAAGAGGAAUAUGAAAAAGCUGUAGCAAAAUCAGCACAUGAGAAGCUUCUUGCAGACAGAAAAACUUUACCUGUGUAUCCGUAUCGGGAAUCUUUGCUGAAAGCUGUUGAAGAUCAUCAGGUUCUUGUGAUUGUUGGAGAAACUGGUUCUGGGAAGACCACUCAGAUACCCCAAUAUCUUCAUGAAGCUGGAUAUACAAAACGCGGAAUGAUAGGGUGCACACAGCCAAGACGAGUUGCUGCCAUGAGUGUUGCUGCUAGAGUUUCUCAAGAAAUGAAUGUCAAACUUGGGCAUGAGGUUGGCUAUUCUAUACGCUUUGAAGAUUGUACUUCUGAUAAAACAGUGCUCAAAUAUAUGACUGAUGGCAUGUUACUACGAGAAUUUCUUGGUGAACCUGAUCUUCAAAGUUACAGGUAUGUAUUUAUUUACUUUUUUUUUUCUUUUUCUUAA